AUGAGCUCUUCAACCAACGAUAUAAUUUCCUACUGCAACCCGGAUUUGGGACCAUUGCCAACUAAACCACCUUCAUUAGAUACUGACAUUCUAUCCUUGUUUUCUCUCAAGGGCAAGACUGCUUCGGUUACUGGGUCGUCUGGUGGUAUUGGUUGGGCUGUAGCAGAAGGGUAUGCACAAGCAGGUGCAAACGUUGCAAUCUGGUAUAAUAGCCACCCCGCGGACGACAAAGCCAAGUACCUUGAAGAGAAAUACGGAAUCAAGUCGAAAGCUUACAAAUGCAAUAUUAGCAAUGCCGACGAUAUUUUACGUGUUGUUAAGGAGCAAGUUGCUGAGUUUGGAACAAUUGAUAUCUUUGUUGCAAAUGCUGGUGUUGCAUGGACCGAUGGGCCAUUGAUCAAUCAGCCAAAUUUGGACAAGUGGAAUCAAGUCGUGGAUACUGAUUUAAAUAGUGUCGCUUACUGUGCAUACGCUAUUGGGCCAAUAUUCAAAAAACAAGGCAAGGGCUCAAUGGUUAUUACCGCGUCAAUGUCGGCAUCAAUUGUCAAUGUGCCUCAAUUACAAGCGGCAUAUAAUGCAGCAAAAGCUGGCGUAAAGCAUUUAUCAAAAUCGUUGGCGGUAGAAUGGGCUCCAUUUGCCAGAGUUAAUACAGUUUCCCCAGGUUACAUUGCAACUCAUUUAUCAGCAUUUGCUGAUCCGGCUGUUAAAGCAAAAUGGGAGCAAUUGACUCCAUUAGGUAGAGAAGGUACUACUAAAGAGUUGGUGGGGGCCUAUCUAUAUUUGGCUUCAGACGCCGCUUCGUUUACUACGGGUUGCGACUUGGCUGUUGAUGGAGGCUACACUGUACCAUAA